UGUAUAUUUUUCAAAGGGCCAUUAUUAUAUUUUUUUCAUCAUUCUUCACAACAAUAUUUUUAUUAAUAUUUAAUUAAAAUAUGGUGAACACUUCCUCUACCUAAGAUCUCGAUGGUAGUUGGUGCAGAACUGCAGAUUUUUUACACUAGCUGAAAAGAAACAAAACAAAACGUACACGUACACACACACACACACAUAUAUAUAUAUUUAUGUAUAAACACACAUGGAAAUAUCUGUGGAAGAAGGAUUGGGUAUAUAUAUAUAACAUAUUAUGUGUAUUCAUUCUCUUCUUGACUACAACAUCUCCUUUCUAUUAGUUUUGGUUUAAAGCCAUGAACAAUAACUGGUGCAGAAACAAUGAAGCCCUUUUGCGUACUUUGUUCAUACUAUUUCUGGGUCAGGUUGUCUCUUUUGUAAUGGCACUUAUGAGCUUCACUUCAUCUCUACUUGUCACUCUUGGUGUAGAUACGCCUCUUACACUUUCAUUUUUCCCUUACUUGGCUUUAGCUUUGGUGUACGGAAGCAUCUUGGUGUACCGGCGUCAGAAACUACUGGUUCCACUGUAUUGGUAUGUCCUGUUAGGUUUUGCUGAUGUCCAAGGCAAUUAUCUAGUUAAUAAAGCAUUCCAGUACUCAUCAAUUACUAGUGUGACAAUAUUGGAUUGUUGGACCAUAGCAUGGGUCAUAAUUCUCACAUGGCUCUUCCUGCACACACAGUAUUCCCUUUGGCAGUACUUUGGUGCAGCCAUCUGUGUUGUAGGCCUCGGUUUAGUGCUUCUCUCUGAUGCUGGGGUGGGUGGAGGAGGUGGUUCAAAGCCUCUCCUGGGUGAUAUACUUGUCAUUGCAGGGACACUCUUCUUUGCAAUGAGCAAUGUCGGUGAGGAGUAUUGUGUUAAGAAGAAAGAUCGCGUUGAAGUAGUUUCAAUGAUUGGUCUUUUUGGAAUGCUUGUGAGUGUAUGUGAGAUAGCUAUAAUGGAGAGGACGACUUUGGAAUCAGUAACGUGGUCUACAGAGAUUAUAUUAGCCUUCGCUGGCUAUGCGGUUGCAAGCUUUAUAUUCUAUUCUUUUGUACCUUUUGUUCUACAGAUGAGUGGAGCCACAUUGUUCAACCUUUCAAUUCUCACGUCUGAUAUGUGGGCAGUUGUCAUUCGCAUCUUUUUCUACCAUCAGGAGGUCGACUGGCUAUACUAUUUGUCAUUUGCAAUUGUUGUUGUCGGACUCAUCAUAUAUUCAAAAACUGAGAAGGACCCUGUUUCUGUACCUGCUCUUGAGAACAGUGACCUCAAUGCACAAUACCAAGUUCUUAAUGAAGAAAGUGCAGAUCCCAGAAAUGGAGCAUAAAGCAGUCAUGGUGGUAUACGAGCCUUUCAGCUUUGUAAUUAUAUAUAUAUAUAUAUAUAUAUAUAUUGAGAGUUAGGUGGCAUUACUCAAACCUUCACAUUACUAGCAAAGUUUCAAAUUUUGCUUGACCUUUAAUCAUGUGAAAAGGCUUGAAUAUAGCCCUGCAGGGAUUAAAUUUAAUUAUACCUGCAGAAUUUAUGAAUAUUUACAAAAUUACAAGACAUGGUUUCUGUUAACAUGCAAGACAAGUUCUUCUACCUCCGGAAAGAUGACUUUGAAGGUUGCAGGGGAGAUCUUUCUAAGAAGAUGAGAGAUUUUUUUUUUUUUUCCUUGGACAGUAUGAACAGUCUCCUUGAUUAUUGUAAUGGUCUCCUCAUUAUGCCAUGUAUGAUUGAUGUUAAAAGUACAAAUUACAAGUACUACUGUAUCUAUUCAAAAUUAUAUUCCUCUGUAUUUCUAAA